CAACCAGCAGCCGCUCCAGCCCUGCCGAAGUUUCACUUUUUGUCUGUGGGUUCGUUCCCGGGCUCGCGCGAGCUUUCCCGGGAUAAAUAGCUUUAGCGAGCAGGGGAGAGCCGGGCGCUGCAAGAUGAGAAGACAAGCUUGGUGAAAUUAGGUUACAUUCCAAGGGACAUGACUGGCUUUCCAACCUGUGCUUGAUCCUCAUCACUCUCUUCGUGCCCACAGGAUGACAAGUGCAAAUCAACACUGUUUUUCAGCCUUCUUCCUUGGAAUUUGAUUUGAAAUUGAAGAGAAUCCUGAUGACUAAUGUGUUGGGAGAGACCUGAAGGAAGCCAGACUAGUGACUUCAUUCUCAGAACUUCUUGGGUGCCCCUUGGCUCCUAGGUGAUCUGCAGAGGACCUCUGGUGGAAACAUCAAGGCUCAAAAACAAAACCAGACAGAAUCCAGUCACCUGAUUCUCAAUCCAGGGCUUUUGUUCAUUGUUCUGCUGGGCAGUCAUCAGAGUGAAGAUAUUAUUCCUCAACUGACACUGGCUUUGCAGUUUGCUGACCUUUGUGUCCACUGACGGUUCCAGGAGUUAGCUGUUUGAGAUUCCAGCGAUGUCUCACCCAUCUUGGCUGCCACCCAAAAGCACUGGUGAGCCCCUUGGCCAUGUGCCUGCACGGAUGGAGACCACCCAUUCCUUUGGGACCCCUAGCAUUUCAGUGUCCACACAACAGCCACCCAAAAAGUUUGCACCCGUAGUUGCUCCAAAGCCCAAGUACAACCCAUACAAGCAGCCUGGAGGUGAAGGUGAUUUUCUUCCACCCCCACCUCCACCUCUAGAUGAUCCCAUUGCUCUUCCAUCUGGCUCUGGAAACUUCCCUCCUCCACCACCCCUUGAUGAAGGUGCUUUCAGGGCACAGGGAAAUCCGGGAGGCAAGACCCUUGAAGAGAGGCGCUCCAGCCUGGAUGCUGAGAUCGACUCCCUGACUAGCAUCUUGGCUGACCUCGAGUGCAGCUCCCCCUACAAGCCUCGGCCCCCACCGGGCUCUACUAGUUCAGCAGCCUCUCCUCCAGUCUCCACCCCUGUCACAGGCCAUAAGAGAAUGGUUAUACCAAACCAACCCCCUCUAACAGCAACCAAAAAGUCUACACUGAAGCCACAGCCUGCACCACAGGCUGGACCCAUCCCUGUGGCUCCAAUUGGGACACUAAAACCCCAGCCUCAGCCAGUCCCAGCCUCCUACACUACAGCAUCCACUCCUUCAAGACCUUCCUUCAAUGUGCAAGUGAAGUCAGCCCAGCCCAGCUCUCAUUAUAUGACUGUCCCUUCAUCAGGACAAUUUUAUGGCCCAGGGCCAGGGCCUCAGGUCUAUAAUACUCAAGCAGUUCCCAUCUCUGGGCAAUGUCCACCUCCUACAACACGGGGAGGCGUGGAUUAUGCAUAUAUUCCACCGCCAGGACUUCAGCCUGAGCCUGGGUAUGGGUAUGCCCCCAACCAAGGACGAUACUAUGAAGCCUAUAGCCCAGCAGGGCCUGGCUAUGGAGGCAAAAAUGAACCGGAUCCUGCCUAUGCUCAACAAGGUCACCCAAAUACCUGGAAGCGGGAACAAGGGUACACUCCUGGAACAGGGAACCAGAACCCUCCUGGGAUGUAUCCAGUGGCUGGUCCCAAGAAGACCUACAUCACAGAUCCUGUUUCAAUGCCCAGUGUACCACCACUGCAGUCAAAGGGUGGACUUCCAGGGUCAAUGGGGCCUCCAGCUGUCCCCACCUCAUUCCGGCCUGAAGAUGAGCUUGAGCAUCUGACCAAGAAGAUGCUGUAUGAUAUGGAAAAUCCACCUGCUGAUGAAUACUUUGGUCGUUGUGCUCGCUGUGGGGAAAACGUAGUUGGGGAAGGGACAGGAUGCACUGCCAUGGAUCAAGUCUUCCAUGUGGAUUGUUUUACUUGCAUUGUCUGCAACAACAAGCUCCGGGGGCAGCCCUUCUACGCCGUGGAGAAGAAAGCCUACUGUGAGCCCUGCUACAUCAAUACCCUGGAACAAUGCAGUGUGUGCUCCAAGCCCAUCAUGGAGCGGAUUCUCCGAGCCACUGGGAAGGCCUAUCAUCCUCACUGCUUUACCUGUGUGAUGUGCCACCGCAGCCUGGAUGGGAUCCCUUUCACCGUGGAUGCUGGCGGCCUCAUCCACUGCAUUGAGGACUUCCACAAGAAAUUUGCCCCCCGAUGUUCUGUGUGCAAGGAGCCUAUCAUGCCAGCUCCGGGCCAGGAGGAGACUGUCCGGAUUGUGGCUCUGGAUCGUGAUUUCCAUGUGCAUUGCUACCGGUGUGAGGAUUGCGGCGGCCUCCUGUCUGAGGGAGACAACCAAGGCUGCUACCCGUUGGACGGACACAUCCUCUGCAAGACCUGCAACUCUGCCCGCAUCAGGGUGCUCACUGCCAAGGCCAGCACUGACCUUUGAGGAUAGCCACCAGCCCAAUGAGCCACGGGGCUGGUAGAGCAGAGAAGAGUGAAACACAAGGAACAGAUAAGAAAAGAAAUAGGAGAGGAAAGGCAAUCAAGCUAUGGGAUGGUCUCUGUUCUUCAUAUGUUAUUAACCUUUCUUUAGAAACACAUAAAUGAUGAGAUUUUUUUUUAAGUUCUCACCAGAUACACAUUUCACAUUUCAUCAUGUAGGACCCCUGAUGGGCCUUUGUUCCCAAGGACUUCCACAUUUUUCACAGAGUAUGCUCCAUCCCAUUCACUUCUGCAUUCCUGUAACUUUUAAUCCCUGUUUGUCUCCCUUUUCAUAUGGUUGAAUGGCUGUUUUUAGCGUGGUAUUUGCUGUCACACGGUUUUGCCUGGGUCAGUCUGCCAACUCACAGGUGCUUUUAGGCUGGAAGCCUCCAUCUGAUCACUUUCAAACUGCCUGUAAUCCUAAAGAAUAGCCAUUCUUUUUCUGUGUAUUGAAAAGUAUAUUUUUCUGUUGUUCUAAACCAGUCAUGUCCCUUUGAGGUAAAAUACAGUUUAUCUGUUAGGCUAUAAAGAAUAUAAGCUGUAAAUUACAUAGGUUUAAACAAGCCCAAAUUUAAUUUACAACCAUCCAAAUUCAAAACCUAAAGUGACCAGUGGUUGGGGCUCAUUCAAAAAUAGAUAUUGGUGAGAGAGAUCUUAAGGUCAAUCUUUUUCUAAAGAAAUUACAGGUGGGAUAAGCUGGAAAAAGCAUUUCGGCAGUGUUUGAAAAGCCCAUUAUAUUAUCUUAAGAAAUUGCUUUUCCAUACUGCCUGGACAUCAAAAAUACAGACAAACAUAGAUUUCUCUAAAACAUAGCAUUUCCAGUACUGCCCACUUUUCAGCUCACAAGUAUUGCCAUAUUUUUUCUAUUAUCUGAACACAACUACCAAAUUUGAGUUCUUUUCUAGAAGAAAACAGUUAUAAAGAACAGUUGAAAUUCCUUUUUUUCUCCAGGUCCUGGUCCUUCUUGCCUAACAAUUGCAAAUCAGGGCACUCGAAAUAAAUUGUGUAGUUUUGUUAGUUUACUCUAAAAAGACAGGAAAGCUUGAAAAGAUUGUGAAACCACAGUUCCACUAUUCUCAUAAUCCUUCUGCAACUCAAAUUAUGUAUUGCAGGAGACAUUUUCAUAUCAUCGAUGUGACAUUUACACCACAUUUUCAAAGACAAUCACUGAAAAAAAUUGCCUUUCUGAGCUAAAAAUAUGCAGAGUCUCUGCCUGGAAUCUUUGUUCAAAUGCUUACUGGGCAUUGAAACGCUUUCUUGCCAACUGCAGAGCCACACUUCUGUUAGCUUCUCACAUGUUUCUUUUAAGGAAAGACACCUAUCUUAGUAACGGCAGGUUGCUGCCUUGUGAACUAAUUUGGAUUGAGAUUUCUUAAAACUUUUCUUCACAUCUUCCACAGUAUAUACUUUUAAAUUAUGAAGUAUUUUAAGUGUACACAAAAGUAUAAAUAAUAAUAUAAUGAAACCCUGAUACAUAACACCCAGUUUAAGAAAUCAAAUAUAAUACAUAUAGUUACAUUCCCGUUCACCCUUCCCUAAUUCCCCAAAUAUCUUUUGCAUGAUUAAUAAGUGAUGAAGUCUGUUUUCUAGACUGACUUUUUAUUUUAAUUUUUAAUUUUAACACUCAGAAAUGAAAAAUGAUUUGUGCAUGUUUUGAAUUGCGAACCAUGCCUCAGGAAUUCCAGUUGAAUUAAUUUUAUUUUAAUAGAAUUAAUUGUAAAAAUAGUUCAAUUUUUUUUUUUUCAAUAAGAAAUUCUUAAGCCUAUAAUCACUGUAGUUCACCUAAUUUAAUUUGUGACUCAUUUGCUUUGAUCACCAGUUUUAUUUUAGAACCACCGAGGUUAUAGCUUUGGCCACUGUCCUUUCCUUACCUUGCUACUCUUAUCCUUGAUGUUGUAUUUUUCAUAAUGUGAAAUACAGUGGGAUUCAUGCUGGGCAGCAUGUGAAUUUUGGGGUACAGUGGCAACUGUGUCUCUGGCUUUCUGUCUUCCAAAUUAAAGGCCAGACCACGCUGGAGACCUCAAAGAGCACUGACUAGCAGACAUUUGGAGUGAUAAUAUAAUCUCCUUGAAUUGCUUCAGUAACUUGUUUUUUAUGAAAUCCUUGGGGAAAAUUGUCUUUAGGCCGAAAGCCCAAUUUAGUGAGAGAUGGAUUUUAUCCCUUGAAUUGCAGUCAUAUUAUUAUAAAUUUUGCCAAAAGAGGAAGAAUUUAUGAAAUAUUUAUGCUAUAAAAAUGCAAUAACAUUCUACUUGUUUGUUACAUUUAAGUCCUUAUGUAACUGAAUGUUUACAUGCCAAAAAAAAAGUUAUGGGAAAAUCCUGUCACAGACCCAUCCCUGUGGCACUGCCAGAAAACUGCUUGCUCACAAUCUUUAUAGUGCAUUUUUAUCACAUAACCUCAGAGUAUCUUUACCAAAGAUUUUUAAAGUAAAUCUUUUAAAUAUAGACUUCUUAUACUUUUAUAAUAAUGAAUUGCACACAUACAUUAUUUAGAAAUAUUUAGAUUUAGAUUUUUUUUUCUUUCACAAGGUAUGUUAAGGAAAGGAUCCUACAAUAGUUUAUUCCAGGAUUUCUUAAAUAUAUGACUUAUAUUGCUUUCUUGUCUUUUCUAUUAAUCAUGUGAUUUAAGCAAUGCCAAAUCACUCUUUACUGUUUUAGGUACAUGAAAUUUUGCCUAUAACAGAGAUAGAAUGAUCAUAUUACCUUAACAAUUGUAGUUCUACUGUCUUUUGAUAUAUCUACUUGAUUAUUGUCAUUUAUCAUUAAGUUCAUAAAUAAUAGGAAAAAAUCAUACAGUCUAUAAGAGAAAGUUUGUAAAAAUGCACUUGUUCUAAAAAGUUGUCAAAAUCACAAAUCCUUAGUAUUUCUGUGUAACACGAGACACAUGGAAAUGGGAGAAAAAACCUACUGUGUCAUGGGCUUUGUAGACAAUUUCAAAAUUAGAUUUCUUCAUUGUCUCGAUCCCCAGUUCACACUGACUCAUUGUGGAGUCUCAUUUGCAAACAAAAUUUUGUUUAAAGUUAAGAAUAAGUAAUGUGUCCCAGCAGAAGGCAUCAAGGCUUUGAGAUGCUGGACAUAACUGAGGCUCAAAGAUGUGGGUUCUUUUUCCUGUCACUAACAAAUUGUUUCCAUAGGAGUUACUUCUAUGAUCAAAAUUACUUUGUGCUGAUGAAUGCAGUAGAGAUAUCAACACUGUAAUUGUUUUCUCACUAUGAAAGAUUCUGCAAAGAUGUAUUUGGUGAUGUUUAAAGCAUACAAAGCCCUAAAUUCAUUUAAACAAGUAUUUUCAUUUGAGUCCAGAGGGGAAAAAGAGAGCACUUUACCAAAAAGGCUAUCGUAGAGGGCCUAUGGAAUACAAAUAAGACUCUGAAAAAAUACAACUUCCAACAGUUUUCCUAGUUAGUAAAAAUCCUAUUAAUGUGAACCAGCCAGGAAUAACAGUGUUAUUUCUAUUUGAUAUGGUUUGGGUUUUUCUUGUCAAAUCUGUGUCGGCUGCCCCCUGAUCCCUCCAUUAUCAAGUUUUGAAGGGUGUUGGGGAAAUUCUGGCAGCUGGUAGGGAGAUCAGGGAAACACUGAUGUGACCUCACAGGCUCUCACCAUUCCUCUUGGCUUGAAAAGGCUUUUUUUCGAUAUACAUUUCUAGAAAUAUUGCUGUUCUACCUUAGUAUUUCACAUUUGUAGUUUAAACAAAUGAUUGUCCAUCUGUUGCCUAGAGCUACAGUACAUGUGUGUUAUGAAUGAAAUAUGACAGCAUGUUCCAUACUCUGCUUUCACCAUCUGUAGGAAACCAGUAGGCUGAAAAAGAUAUACCUCUACAAAAUGUGCCUCCAGUCCCUUUCAUAUGAUCAUUCUUUUGGUGCACUCGUAGGAGACAAUCAGAGAGCAACAUGUAUUUGUGCCUUACUUUUAAAGAAUCUUUACACUACUAUGAAUAUGCCACUGAAGAGUCUAUAACAAAAAUAGCAAUUACCAAAUAUCCAAGAUUUACUCACCAAAGAGUCAAACAAAAUCUAGAGAAGUCUGAACCCUUUAUCUUCAUGUAUUUCUAAUAGUGUUUCUUUUCUCAUUGCCUCUUGGAAGUACUUUAUGGAUUCCUAAAUUAGGAAGACACUCUUGGGGCCAGAAGGUGAUGUCCUGGGUGUUGUUAGUGGUUAUGUUUGGUCUUACUCUGGGUUUAGUCAGACAGUGAAGAUAGAAACUUCAACUUUAGCCUUUGCCACCCACUCACAUGUCUACUGGUUUGUCUUGUUUUGGCUAAUUUAAUAGUGGAUAGAACAAGUUGAUAAUCUAGGUCUGAGUCGCUAUUGUGUGCAACCAUGAAGCUUUCAGGUCAAGUUAUUUACUUGACAGAUUAUUAGAAUGAUACUUUUCUUAUGAGGCUGCUGUUUGGUUAGUGUAUUAUUUCAAACUUUUAAGAAAUGAUCACAUCAAAACUCCACAACUUGGUGAGAAUUCUUCCUCUCUGCCCCUUCUUUUCUCCUUCCUUCUUCCCUUCUUUCUUACUUUUUUUUUUUUCCUCCCUUCCAUUCUACCUCGUAAUGCUAUCCUGCUUGGACUUUUCAUAAAUAAAUUAAAUGAAUGUAUUAUGAUCCUUAUGGAAUUAUGACCAUAUUAAAGGAAGAAGCCUACUGCAAAAUAGAGUAGCAUACGUGAACCCUUCCUUUAAAGGGACAUAUCUUCUAGAUUGUGUUUAUUCAAAAAGUGAGAUAAGAUAAUAGCGUCUUUCAGUUUAUUUUAAUGAGUUUUCAUCAGGGACUCACAUCAUAGAGUUCUGGGCAAAUUCAUUUAUGACUGCCCUGCUUUUCUUAGCUAUAUGCACAGUAAUCUUUCUUAGAUAAGGUUAAGUUUUAUUAUUUAAUUUUUUUAGUCCAAAGCAUUUUGGUCAGCAAAAUAAUCAUAUUUUUAGGUGUAGCAUGUUAUUUUAUUGCAAUGAAACUUGAUAAUUGUCCUUAUGGCAACAAAAAAUUAUACUUCUAGAAUUUGUACACAUAUCAGCAUUUUGCCCAUAACAAUAAUAUUAAAUCUAAGAGUUGAAAUACAGUAUUUUACAGUGGGUAGGGCAGCACCAGAGAUUUUUCUGGAGCACAGAUUACAGGCCUGUAGUCUGUUUAUAAAAAGCAACCUGAGAAGCACAAGUUUAGGGCUCUCAGUAUAAAUCAUUUUAUUAAAAUUUGGCUCUGAGGUUCCUUAGAACUCUGGCUAAUAGUGAUAAAAAUAAGCUUUCUGUGUCCAUUUUUAUUAGUGUGUUUGGAAAAAGCUUAUAAUUCUAGGAAUAUAUUUCCAUUUUUUGGUUUCUAUCCUCACUUCAAUUUUCUGUAAGAUUUCACAGGGUUGACAUUGAUUUUCUUUUUGUGGAAGGUCACCUUCAAGGAAAGUAAAAUAUACUUAAAACAUACUUACUGCAGUUCAUAAAUGAAUUUCCCAAGACUUAAUGAUGGUCUCAGUGAGGAUGUUAUUUUGAUAUGUGGGCAGAGGUUUUUGUUUUUUUGUUUUUAACCUAUAUUCAAGAAGAGGGGUUCAGGAGGGGAAGGAGGGAUUUGAGAGAAGGGACAGUCUCCAGUAACAUUAUCCAAGACAGUUCUCAUAGAGUAUAACUCAGAGGAUUUUCAUAGGGCUUUUAGGGAUCAACCAUUGUGGUUGUUUAAAUAAGUAGAUUAUUUAUAUUUCCAAGUUUAUGAGGUAUUUGAAAAUCACUGUUAUAACAAUGUGUUUUCUAUGUCAGGAGAGAAUAAGGUGAGAGCUGCUCCUAGGCGCCAUGCCGUGGCCCUGCCUCCCCAGAACCUGUAUGAUACGUAUCCUGUCAUCCCCUCUGAGAGACGGGCAUAGCCCCUGUAGUCCUGCAGGUGUGAUAUGUAUUCUCACGCAUUCUUAGGCACAUUGUGCUAUGCCCUGGGAAGCUUUGAAGGUCAGAGGUCUCGAUGUUCACACAUUUGACAGUUGGUCCCUUUCCAGUGUACUUACCUGGUAAACACAUAAAUAGGAGUUUGGGGGUUUGUGAUUCUCUUGUUUGAAGUCAUCACUCUCUUUAAUAUCUGGCCUAAACAACUAUACUAGAAUUGGUUUGUACUGGUUUUCUCAUUUUUAGUUGCAAACAGAGAAAACUAACUUUAUCUUACUCACAUUAAAAAAUAUAUAAAUAAAGUGGAAUAUUUUUCCUUAGAGGACACUUAUUUCUCUAUUACUUCCCUGGCCUUUGUGCAAAAAGGUGUAGACCCUAUUGCAGUUAUCCGACAUGCUUGGGACUUAUAUUGGGGACAGUUGUGUGAAGAUGCAUUUUCAUUAAACUCAUUUCCCCCUUGUAGUUACAAAAACAUUACUAAAAUCUUCAUUCUUUAUUUCUGAUUGCCAUGCAAUUUACAGCAGUCUCUAACCACACUAACAAAUAUCUCGAUUUCCAUCCUUCAUUAGAAACAAAAAUUAGUAUUCUACCAGUAGAAAUUAUAGAGUCAAGAGAGGAGGAAACCCUACAGCUAAUUCCUUUGUGAUAUUUUAACAUGCCUCCAUUAUCCUUUUCUUACUGUAUGUCUUCAUUAAGUUUUCUACAAUGGAGUCCACAAUGGGCAAGAACUCCACCAUCAUCUAUUCCACUUGGUGUUAAAAUUUCCUUACAGAUUCAUUGAUAAGUAAUAAUCCAGACUCUGUUAAACAUCACCUGCACCAAGGAGCUUUUUUUUUUUUUAUGAAGGUAUCAUUGAUAUACACAUUUAUAAAGGUUUCACAUGAGCAACAUUGUGGUUGCUACAUUCACCCAUAUUAUCAAGUCCCCCCCAGACUCCAUUGCAGUCACUGUCCAUCAGCGUAGUAAGAUGCCGGAGUCACUACUUGUCUUCUCUGUGCUACACUGUCUUCCCCAUGACCCACACACACACCACAUGUGUCAAUCAUAAUGCCCCUCAAUCCCCUUCAAGAAGCUUAUUAUUCUUAAGGUUUUCCAUUCCUGCCAUCACUCUUUGUUCCAAGCUCGCCUUGACUUUGAAAUAGAACCAGCCUUUGGGGUAUAUGUUCCUGGUGCCACACAAAAUUAAUCUUUAGUACCUAACAAAAUGUUGCUUCCUUCCUCCAUUUUCUAUCCAAAUAUAUUUGUUUAGUUUUUGGCAACACAUUACUUUAACUUUUUUUAAUUUUUUAGCUGAAGUUUCUAAAAACCUCUAAACAUUCUUAAAAAUAGUUUGAAGGAUUUCUGAGGGCCAGGUUUUAGAGUUGAUCUUUUGUUGCGGUUGGUUUUACUUUCUUAUUCAAAAGACGAGCUAUUCUGAUAGUUGUUAUAUAGCUUUAUGCUUUCCCCCCCGUAACUAACCCAGGAACAGUAUCCUCCAGUUAACUGGCCUGCAGAUAAUGUUGGGAAAUGUCAGUGUAUGAUCAUCACUUCUAACAAGGAAAAUAUCAAAAGCAAAAGAUAGUGGUUCUGUUGAAACUCUUUACUUCUGGCCAGAUCUUCUAUACAAAAGGAAAUCAUUCUUGGGGGAAGGGGUUAUAUUAUGUUAUGGUUUUAUGUAGAAAUGUAUAGGUUCUUCCAUUAGUGCCUUGGGUCACUCUUUAAUUUCAGUAGUAUUCCUUGGUCUUUGGGAAGCCAAGCCUCACGGCUUCCUGCUCUCUAGUUGGCAUCAGAGGGCCCUAUCAGCAGAACCUGUCAUCAGUCCCCUGGGCGGGACCUGGGGCUGGCUUUCUAAGCUCUAAAAUAAUCAUUCCUAAGAGAGCUUACAAACUGCUUUCACACAUAAAACAGCCCUGGGAGGGAGGUUAUUAAUAGCCCUAUCCUAGAAGAGAAAGCUGAGGCUCAGAAUUGUUAAGUGACUUGCCAAAAGUGAUACAAUAACUAAGUAGCAGAUUCGGGGAUGUACCCCAUCUGGUAAGUCCACUGCCCUCUCCACUGGCCACUCUAAGGGCACAGAAUACCUCAGAGUACAAUGCAUGCAUCUUUCAGACUUCUCACAGAGAGUAAAGAUCCCCGUGUUCAAAAGUAUCCAGAGAAAGUCACAUAGACCAUUAAUUUAGCUAUCAGGUGGCAAGCCCCCAUGCAGAUUGUGUUUGCUGUCAUCUAGAGCUUGCAGCACAUUCUAUGUCAUCUAGAUAGUCUUGUGUGAUCGGCACUGGGAUAAGGUCCAUGGGGUAAAUCCACACUAAGAACAAACAACUGUGGCUCUGAAGCUCAUUGCAGCAAAUUUCUCUUUAGACAGCUGGUUUAUUCUACAUUAACUGGAAAACUCUCUGGAAUUGUGAGGGUCAGAAUAUCAACCAAAAUCAAAUCGUUUAGAAUUCAGAGGAGCACAGAGGUGACUUGACCCUUAAGAUAAGGCUCUCUCCUGUGGUCUGUGAUGUAUGCCCCACAGACACAGAAACUACUGAGGGUAAACAAUGCAUAUUAUUCUCUCUCUCUUCCUCAGUUGGGAUUUUUGAAGCCCACCAAGUGUAUGUGACUGCAUCAAGCAUUUCCAAAUUGCCCAGCCAACCCAUGACCUUGAAAUGUGAACAAAUGCCACGGGACUGAAUGCAGUUCUGAACUUGGCCAUUGCCCCUGGAUAGACUGAGCUUCCUGGACUGUGGUAGGUUUGUGAUUCGUGUAUGAGUAUCACAGGGAGUUAGCACUGUGUUGUUUCCAGGAUACUAGGAAGCCUCCACGAAUAUUCUCAAAGCUGCUGCAUAUGGCAGUUCAGCGUGUUUCAGGCCACUGCCCCUCCUGAGCUGCGUCCUUCAGGAAGCUGUGCCUUGUGAUGUAUGCUCCUGGGUGUUGUUUCCUCCCAUUUCCUAUUAGAGUUGUUUAGCUUUACAUUAAAAUCUUAGGACUGAUUGAAAAAUAUUCUUUCUUCAUCUGAGUGAAAUCUACUGUAGGAAACCUUUAAAAUGAUCUCAUCUAAUAAGGUUUCCAGGUAUUUUCUCUCCCUAGAGUCUACCAUCCAUCAAGCCAGUCUCACCACCCAUCUUCAUAUUCCCUAAGAGUUCUAAGAGGCAAGUUAAGUAACAAAUAGCUUCUCACCCCUUUCCAGUCUUCACAUCUGGGAGAUACAGGAGGUGCCAGUGGGGCCAGCAGAGCAGUAACUAGGGCUGAGAUGGCAACGUCUGCAACUGGAAGGGUGCCUCAUCCCCUCGUGACGUUUGAUAAACAUCAUCGCUGAUGGAGCGCCAAGUAACUCUUGUAGAACAGAGGGAGUACUCGCACCCAGGAGAGGUUAGUAGAUCCAGCAUUUUAAGAAAUGUUCAGAAUUAUCUAGGUGAGUGUGCCUGAGUAGAGACUCACUUGGCUAGAACCUGUGACAUCUUAUUAGAGGGAAUGAAAGGACAGUGAGGCAGUGAGUACAAAAAGCAGCCCUUUAAGAUAAUAAUAGGAGCCACAAACCCUGAUUUAUCUCUACAUGAUGUAAAGAAAAAUAUUAAUCAAUAAAAAUCUUUCUUCCUCUAGGCUGCACAAGAGAGUCCUCCGUAUUUUUAGGGAAAAUACAAUUGUGUUGUCUUUACACACCUUUGAUGUGCAUGCACACAGGCACACACAGACAUCCUCCAGGAAAGCUGAUCCUUCAAAAAAGAACUCCUAUUUUAAAACACGGGUUUUUCAGGCCAGGAAAUUAAUGAUUCCCUAGGCAUGACCCAUUUUUGUGGCUGCCAGAAAAGAAAAAGCUAUUUAAAUUUUGUAUGGAUCCAUUUAUCUCUAAAAUAUGCCAAAAUAAUUUGAGGUGGGGUAGAGAAUAAGGUAUUUAUCUCUUCUGCUUAUUUCUCUCUGUAUUUCUAUCUGUGGGGAAAAGGUGAAGAACUAUUCUGGGCCAUUAUUUAUUGCUGCGUUGUGUUGCCACUCUGUAUGGUGCCUACCUUGCUUCAUGCUGAGGCAGAGGAAUAACAGUUGCCCCUUCGAAUCCAUUUCCUCCGUCACAAAGGAGAAAGGAUUAAGCCUGAGCAUCUUUCCUCACAAAAUUAUUAAACUCCAUUUAUGAACUAGUUUAGAAAAUGUGAAAUGGGAAGUACUAGCUUUUCUCAAUACAUGUCUCCUUUCUUUCUUUCUUGGGAGAGUUAGGUAUAAAAAGAAAAAAAUUCAGUUCUUUCUCAUCUCUUUUCUUUUGGUGACAGUUGAUGAUCACUUAAUACUUAUAAAGGAGAAGCAGGAGACUAGCUUAGCAAGGUUAUGAUCUAUCUGCCAAUGUGUUUCAUACCUUAAAACACAGACUUUAAGAGGAAAAGGGAUUUUUAUCAUUAAAUGCCACCAGUAGGAAUGGCCUCCAUUUUAAGGCAAGUUGAUAUUGAGGCAAUGUUUUCAUUUUACUAACCCAUAUGUCUUCUGCUUAGUUUUUAUAUUAAUGUUAGGUACAUCAGUUCAUCAGGAUGAAAUUGCCAUCAGGAUGAAAAGUGCCUUUAACUCCCUCACUAGGUAGCAAAUUGAGCUGGUAUAGAAGGUGCCGGCCUUCUACCUCAACUGAAAUAUCUGAACUGAGGUGUACCCUUUAUGAAAGAGAUUUAGGAUCCUGGAAACUAAAUUUUGUCACCAACAGUUUAUACUGAAGUAGUUGCAAAAUCAGUUUUAAGUGAUUCCUUUUACUGCCCAUUUAUUCUCUUGGGAAAGCUGAUGAGCAAAUUAUCCAAGAAUUAUUUCCUUAUUAAACUAAGUCAGAAUAUUUCCCCCCGAAAAAUCUGAUUAUGCCCUCAUUCUUUUUAAGAAACAUAUUAAAGAGCAAAUAGAAUCACAGAUGACACUGGAUUAUGAUUCUUUGCUAUGAAUAAAAUUAUGUGAUUUCAUGUGCCUUAAGUGAAAAUUUAAACUUAGAUGCAAAAUUUUCACAGUUGCUUGUAGGAUUAAACUCUUAUGAUACUAUCUAUGCAAUGAAUUACUUUGUUUUUUGUUUUGUCUUUUAAGAUUCACAUUCAUCAUUAGUUUAACAGAUUUGGGGCUCUCUCUCCCCUGGGAAUGUGUGCAAUUACGAUACUCUCCAAGAAAGGAAGGGAAAGAACUUUGCAGCACCAAUCUGCGCCACGGAGUAGAUGUGCCAUGAAGUCACAGAGCCUGAGGAUAGUAAUUUUCUCUGAGCUGCACACACAAGCUUUUAUUUCAUUGCUUUGUCGCAGGCUUUUCUCCUUCUGUGCCAUCACCUUUGAGAAAAACGAUUGCACCUUCUCCAAGUCUGCCUUUUUAACAGCUACAGUUGAGUUGGCAAGACUUCCCCAGCUCUGAAUAUAGCCAUUUGCCGACUCCGGCCUCUUUGCGAGACUGACUCAAAUCUGUGAUCUUCUGUUCAGCAUACACAUCAGCAAAGUGAGAAGAUGAGCACUAAAUAUAGGCUCUAUUAACUUUACUUUUAGAUUUACUGCCUUCAAAAAGUGCCUAUUCUGAGAAACAUAAACGUUAUUGCUACAUAUGUAUGUACACACGGUACCCAGCGUCAUACUGUGCAGCCUUCAAAAACACACCAUCUAAGGGAGUAGGUGCUAAGAUAAGGAAACCUUGCCAAAGGAAAGAAAGUCACUCAUUUCCAAUAUCCCCUAGGGAGUGGCACUGUGAAAAGGGCUGCAAACACAUUCCCUGAGCAUUCCUUGCUGAUACAGCCACUUUAUAUUUAUAUCCUAGAGGAUGGUGGCAUAUUGCUGAGGUUUCCUGUAUUCUGCUUUAAGGGAUAUACAAUUUAUGGAAUUGGAACAUUUAGCCAGGAAAAAAAAUUGUUAAAGAGAAUUAAUAGAGCCAGAGUCUGUAUUAGGAUAUGUGUCAUAUGCAUGUUUUAUAAACUAAGCACUGGUGGCUUUAGAAUGUCAGCACAUCUCUUCUCCUUUUACCUCUCAGGCCACAUCAGUGAAAACGAAAGAAAAGUCUUGGCUGUGAGGACUGUAGGCUCAGGGUGCUAAAUGCCUUGCCAGAUCUUUAGAUAAUCUUGACUUUGACUCCUAAAAAUUAUAGCAUAUGCUGUUUAAUGGGUUUUGUUUCCAUAGUUCUGUCACUGAUAUUACAACUAUAGAUAUUGUUGCUAGAGCUGGAGCACAGUCUGGAAUAAUGAAUUCUUGCCCUGGUGUGGCAAGAAGAGAGGGCCCAGGUAAAUAGGACAAAAUAGAUGGUGCGUGAUUUUCAGAAACGGGUUGAAGGGAGGACAUGCUUCCAAAAAAGAUCCUUCUCAAUGUGUCGUCUGACUCAACCAGCUGGCAAAUUACACUUGCCAAGUCGCUCUCCUCCCUUCUAAGUCAGUUGGCUCCAUGUUCACUUGAAUAUGCCUUUCCUUUGGGAAUGCAAGAUACCUCCAAAGAAGCUCUUGGCCACAAAGUUGAAUUCUACUCCACUCGGUUUUACCAAAUGCAAGUAAAGAGGGCCCAACUGUGGAAGAUGGUUUUCAUGCUAUUGCAGUCAGCCACCCAUUCUGCUUUCCUUAUAAGGAGCCCCACUACAUAAACUGGGGAUGAGGUUGGAACAGGCUACUGUUUCAUAACUUCAAGAGCAUGGACGCCUGCUUUAGUUGUCCACAUUUUAUGAGACCAAUUGGCUCCUUGAAGAGUGAUGCUGUUUGCUAACAAUGUAGUCUUGCUGUUGAUGUUCUUUCUCUGUUUACCUUAUCCAAUUUCAACACCAGUCACUUUCUGGGUUUUAGAGAAUCUGAUUUUAAUGCUAGAUAAGAGUUGAAGAGUCUCUGUGAGGUGUCAGAAGGGACAUUAGGACACAGAGGUUCUCCUCCUUAGAAACACGAGGGACUGGGAAAGAGGCAACAUGCCUUUGCUCCAGGUUUCCAUGUGAUGAUCUUGUCUGAGAGAGGGUUUUGUGUAAACACUAAGUGAUAUUUACAAGUAGGUAGAUUAAGGAGAGUAGAGAGACGAGAGAAGCCAGGUUGUCCCUAUGCUAAAUAUGUCUACUUAGAGCAAUAGCUUCCCACUAACUUAGUGUACUCAUAGCCUCAUCAUGAUCAGCUGCUAGUCAGAAUAACAUUUCCUGACUUGGGGAAAGCCACACAAACACCAUAUAGGGAAUAUGCCUUUUAUCACAUGUGUGAUACUGACAUAGCCAUGGUAUUCCUAAAAUAUGUUUUUCUUCGUUAAUUUUAUUCUUAGAAAAUUGCAUUUCUCCACUACAUCAUGAACCAUCACUGACUUAUCCAAAACAACCCACAUGGUUCUUUAGGAAAAUAAGAGAAUAAAACCUGUUAUAAGCAAGUGAUUUGGGUAAUUUUGUAAUGAUAUAUUAUCCAACUAUUUUAAAUCAUUUUUCUAUUUACCUUCUAUCAGUUUUUCCUACCAAUUAUGUUUUUCCAAUGCUCUGUAAGAAUAAAUAUAAAAAUCACAUUGCUUUUUUUCUGUAAAAGAACCACAAUUAUUUUAUUAUAAUUAGAAAUCCAAUAAACUUCUUAUUACAUUUA